AUGAAAUCGAAAGGUAUCGUUGGCUGUGCAGCCAGUCUUCUUUUAGUGACAGCUGUUUCAGCCGCUCAGGUCACUAAGCAUUUAUCCAAAAAUGCAAAGGAUCUUUUUGACUGGUCAAUUCACGUCAACGAUUUGCGUUGGGAUGACUCCUACAAGUAUAUCUGGUAUUCCGAUAAUGGUCCGUGGUCAACUCGCUUCACGGCCUGGUAUGUCGCCGGUCUCUUGUAUCGAAACAAGGGAGAAGAUCUUUCCAACGCCAAGGCUGCCAUUGAGAACAUUCUAUCAUGCCAGCUGACCGAGAGCUACGACUCGGCCUGGUAUGGUACCUUCAAGCUUUCACCUGACGAGCCAUACCCGACUCCCGACUCGGAUCUAUAUAGCCCUAGCAUCUAUAACACGUACGACCCCAAUUGGAGAGAAUUCAUUGGCACACAGCUUGUGCAGAUUGUCGAAGAGUUUUCCGAUAUGCUAGGGGAUAGCCUCGUAUCGCGCAUCGAAGAUAGCCUAGAACUUGCUGCUGUUGGCUCUAUGCGCCGAAACGGCUCAUACCCAGAAGGAGAUAACCUUACUCCUGCCUACUCGAACCCAGCCAUUAUGCGUGCUUGGUACGUUUCUUGGAUUGGUCAGCGUCGCAACAACGAGACCCUUAUCAACUAUGCGAAUGAGCAGGGCGACAUCCUCUUAGAGCUCUUCAAGUCUACUGGUUCCAAUGUGCUAUCUGAGUACAAUGCACCCACCUACUAUGGAAUGGACAUUUGGGCACUCGCAGGUGCCAUAAAAUAUGGUCCAAAGAAUGCAACAAUGACACGAAACGCCGAAGCCAUGUUGACAGAUCUCUUGCAAGAUAUUGCAGAUCACUACAACCCUUACCUUGCCCGCAUGGCAGGACCGUACGAUCGUGCCUACACCCGUGAUAUAGUCACAAACUCGGCUGUCAUUGACUACUUCUGGUGGGGAUUGUAUGGUUACGGCAACGGACCUCAACCCAACAAGCUGGAAGCAGACUUAUUGUAUGAUAUUACUCAAGGUAGUGCCUUGGCACUUGUUGUGGAUGUUGUUGCCGAUCACAUCUCGAAGGAAAACGCCACAUGGCUUGCAUCCCGUAAAGACUGGAAGGGAGACCGUAUGAUCACAAAGUAUAUCCCUGACGCCCUUGGUGCUGACGCGGAGGUCCGCAUUGCCACCACAUGGAUCAGCUCUCCUCUCAUGAUUGGCGCUCAACAAGUCAAUGAGACGGCCAACCGCGGAGUGCAAUAUGUUCCAGCCAUCGUUCAGUGGGCCGGCGACAAAGACCAUACCCCCCAACCAUAUAUGACCUUCUUUAGUCUCUACCCUACCGCAUCCACUAUCAAGGCUGUUGCGGGACCCAACAGCCUAGAGAUCUCGUACCCCAACACCACUCAAGAUGGCACUGAUAUUUUCACUUAUGCUCUUGCACAGGUGCCACCGAGUUGGACUCUUAACAAGAAGAAGGUUGUCAACGGUCUGGAAGAUGUGCCUUGCCUCGAUGUUAACAUCACCGCUGACGGCUUGGUGAAGCAGCCAGUCAUCUAUGGCGCGAGCGUUGAGGAUAACCGUGUGUAUAAUGUCUCCUAUGUUGUUCCUGCCAACUUCACAGGUACACCCAAAAUGUCGUUUACAUUCAAGUAUACCUGUUGA